AUGCCUCUGGCAGUUGGCAGAGUCACCAGCUCAGCCAUGUUUGAUACAGCAGGCACCUGUCAAGCUAAAAUCUCUGGGGGCGCACGGCCGCGUAAUCCAGUCCGCGCUGCAGGUGUCCGAUCAAUCCUCCAGUCGGCAGGGGGCGUACGACCGCAGAUUCCGGUCUGCACUCAAGGUGCGGCGGGAGCCCGAUCGAUCCUCCAGUCGGCAGGGGGCGCGCAGCCGCGUAUUCCGGUCCGCGCUGCAGGAGUCCGAUCAAUCCUCCAGUCGGCAGGGGGCGCACGGCCGCGGAUUCCGGUCCGCCAACAUCAAGAGGCUGAUGGCGGGGCUGGAGUAAUGGAGGCCGAGUGCAGGCGGUUUCACGGCUAUCAGUUCGAGGCUGACGAGGUCUUCCAACGAGGCUUGGCCCAGCUGGGAGACGCGGUGCGGUGUUCCGAGGAGCGACUCCUUGAGGCGAAGGUGUACUAUUACUGCAGGUUUAUUGGACCCAUUGAUCUUGAAAGCUACAAAGGAUGGCUUUCUUCACAAAUAAUUGAUGCCAAGAAUGACUUAGCGGCAGAGGAAGAUAUGACAAAGGCUUUUGAGAGACUGCUCAGACAAACUCCAAGUGAUCAAGGACAAAAUGACGAAACAGCGACAAUAGAGACCACAAAGGUCAAUUAUUCGCUACCCAUAGAUCAACAAGCAGAGAAAAUGGAGGAUGUGAGAAUGCAAUUUCAGGUUAGUGAAGAGAUAGAAGGUAAUGAUCACAACACGUACUGUGAACUAACAGAAGACAGCCAAAUAAAGGAACCACAUGAAAAUAAAACAAUUGGUGACACUACGCAUCUUUCAGCUAUUACCACAGAAGUUACUGGAGAAAGCUGCACCUUAUCUUUUGCUCAAGUACUGCACCUUGUGCAAAGUGGACAAGAAAUCCCUGGCAUUCAAAAACACAAAAUUAUGUCAAUUAAUAGUGCACCUACUGUUUCACAAAUGGCAAGGAAGCUUAAACCUUGGGAAAGGGUGUAAUAUUUUUGUUACGAAAUGGUAUUGAAUUAUUAUAUUUCCUGUAAUUAAAAUACAAUCAUAACUAGCUUCAACUGAAUUAGAGGCAGAUUUGUGGUUCUCCAGCUGGAAUUUGAAUUUGGUAACCAGAUUUUCCUAGUUCUUGAUGCAAGGGUCAAGAUACAGAGGGUCCUAUUGUAAGAGGAAUGUUCAGUCAUUCACCUAUAGAGAUAAUUUUCUUCAUAAUCAUAAAGACAUGUUGCCAGUCCAGAGUAUUCUCCAUUCCUGCUUGAAGAAUAAUCACAGCAGUAAGGGUAUCUACUGCAACCUGGGAGACAUGCUGUGAUUUGCGAGAGAAGAGGAAAGUAGAUUGAAGACUUAGAGAAUGUAUGAUUAAAGAUUCACAAUUACAAAGUUGAAUGCUGGUUCUGCAUCUUUUUCUUAAUUUUUGUAAUAAGUAAUGCAUGUUAAUUGAUUACUAGUUUUAUAUAAGAACAGGAGUAGCCAAUUCAGCCCAUCAAGCCAGCUAUGCCAUUUAAUAUUAUCAUAGCUGAUCAAACACUUUGGUGCCUCUUAUCCACACCAUCUGCACAGUCCUUUCUGCCAUUGAUAAUCAAAAAUUUAUCAACAUCUACUUUGAACACACUCAAAG